AUGUCGUCGAGAAAUGGACUGGCCACAAUGUGUGCUUGUUGCCUUCUUCCAUUCUACUUGUCCAUUAUGAUAGUUUUUCUCGUGGUUCCUGUCCUAUUCAUCGUCGUCGGAAUAAUCAAAUUCCAUGAUUGUCAAGCUGAUUCAAGAAUUCCAAUCUGGAUGAUUUCAAUUGCAGCGGUCAUUUUAUUGGAGAGAAUUCUGGAGACAGUAAAGAAUAUUGGAGAUAGGAAAUUUAUUAGGGAGAACCCGAAGCCAGAAGGAGAAGACGCGGUGGAUGAAUGGGAGAAACAGAAGAAGGAGAAUCAGUCCACGUGUCUCAUGGUUCUUUUGUUUUUUGUUCGGACUGCCGUGUUUUGUGGAACGAUCGUCGGAAGUGUAUUCGUCUUCUCAAUCUUCGAAAAACGUGAUAAGUGUGAUGGACUCGUUUUCUGGUCUUCAUUCGUCUACUGUGUUCUUUCCAUUUCCAUUUAUGCUCUUGUCAUUCUUCUCGUCGCUUGUCUUUGCUGUUUACUCGCUUUGAAUAUUACCAUUUCUUCAUGA